UCGGACGUUUGAAUAACAAACACAGGAAAUACGGCAGAGGUCGCUUCCUACCGGUCUAUCGUGCUUUCAAGUUAUGCUUCAUUUUGAUGUUACGGUUUAUUUUCCAAAAGCGCGUCGUUUCGGUAGGGGACCACAGCGACAUGGAUUUUGAACGAUGCCAGUAAAGAUUAUGUGGUCCUCAUUGCUGGAUAAGAAAUUUAAAAAAGUGAUUCAAUGCUAUCCUAAAACUAUGGUGGGAGGGUGAUUGUAUACAUACAUACAUACAUAAAUAAAUACAUCAUGCCACUGUCAGACAUUCUGGACAGUCUUAAGGACAACCCCUACUUCGGGGCUGGUUUUGGACUGGUCGGGGUCGGAACCGCCUUGGCUUUGGCCAGGAAAGGAGCUCAGGUCGGGAUGGUGUUUUUCCGCAGGCACUACAUGAUCACCCUGGAGGUACCCAGCAAGGACAAGAGCUACCACUGGCUGCUGAGUUGGAUCACCAGGCACGCCACUCGAACCCAGCACCUGAGCGUGGAGACGUCCUACAUGGCGCACGAAAGCGGACGCAUUCAAACCCAGUUCGACUUCCAUCCCAGCCCGGGAAACCACAUUAUCUGGUAUGGCCGGAAGUGGAUUAGAGUGGAGAGGACCAGAGAGAAACAAAUGAUUGACAUGCACACGGGCACCCCAUGGGAGUCCGUGACAUUUACCGCGUUGGGCCGAGACCGAAAAGUCUUCUUCAAUAUUUUACAAGAAGCCAGGGAGUUGGCGCUGAAGCAGGAGGAAGGACGGACGGUGAUGUACACAGCCAUGGGAGCCGAGUGGCGACCCUUUGGGUUUCCACGGCGACGCAGACCCCUUAGCUCCGUGGUGCUGGAAGCGGGUGUGGCCGAAAGGAUCGUGGAUGAUGUGAAGGAGUUUAUUGGAAAUCCAAAGUGGUACACGGAUCGAGGUAUCCCAUACAGGAGAGGAUAUCUGCUGUAUGGACCCCCUGGAUGUGGAAAAAGCAGCUUUAUCACAGCUCUGGCCGGCGAGCUGGGCUAUAGCAUUUGUUUGAUGAGUCUGAGCGACCGCUCGCUUUCGGAUGACCGUCUCAAUCACCUGUUGAGCGUGGCACCGCAGCAAAGUAUCAUUUUGCUGGAGGACGUGGACGCCGCCUUCGUUAGCCGAGAGCUGCUUCCAACAGAGAAUCCUUUAGCCUACCAGGGAAUGGGAAGGUUGACUUUCAGUGGCUUGCUGAACUCUCUGGAUGGAGUGGCUUCAUCCGAGGCCAGAAUCGUAUUCAUGACCACCAAUUAUAUCGACAGGUUGGAUUCUGCACUAAUCCGGCCUGGCCGCGUGGAUCUCAAGCAGUACAUUGGCCACUGUACCCACUGGCAGCUCAGUCAAAUGUUUAGACGCUUCUAUCCAGACCAGGCUGUCUCACAAGGUGAACAUUUUGCGACACGUGCGCUUGCGAGCCGCACGGAAAUCAGUGCUGCUCAGGUUCAAGGACACUUUCUGCUGCACAAAAUGGACCCUGCGGGAUCGAUAGAAAACAUCGCCCAAAUGAAAGAAUGAUAAGGAUUUUUUAAAAAUAACUAAUUUGGUGGAGAAAACAAUAAAAAAACAGACUCUACAUUGGCUAUUGCUGAAGAAACAAUGUUUGAUAAUAAAAAAAAGUGAGAUGGGUCCUGCAAUAAGAUUUUGUGCAAGUUUGUUUUUUUUAACAUGUAUUUAGUUCCCAAGUGUUAUUUUUUUAAUAACAAUCAUGGUUCGAGCUGUUGAAACUCAACAUCACAAAUAUUUUCAAUCAUGUUUUUCUUUGUCUUCUGUAAACAAUAAAACUAAAAGGAAUUUUUAAUUUGGGCCUAUCAUUUUGGUAAAUGGAUAAUCAGGCUUUAUUUGAGCCCUGCCAUUUAAAUCAAAAGACAUAAAAGACCAGAUCUCUGUUGUUUCUGGCAGAUAAUCCCAAAGGAUUAUUUUUUUGUGUGCUGUGCGGUGUUGAGAUUUUUUUUCUCUCUCAGAUUGAGGCCAAAAAUAGUAAAUGUGAUACCCUUUUAAUAUUCACAAUUUGCUUGGAAUACAUUUGUUUGCUUUAUGUGUAUGUCUCAUCUAAAUUUAACUGUGUGCCCAUUUUUACAGUAUAGUGUAUUGAUGAAAUAUUAGACGAAGACAAUUAUGCACUAUAAUGGAAUGUCUUGUAGUUCCCAAACAUUUCAGUUCAGCUGUAUUCAUUGUCUUAAUUGCACAUAAAUAAUGAGAUAUAAUAAUGCUCCAACAUCAAAAUGAAGCAUUUUCUAUAACUCAUUUAGUGUCUCACAUCUCUGUGGCGAUGUUUUCGUCCACUCUACCUUGCAGAAUUGUUUGAAUUCAGCAAAACUAGAUGGCUAUCGAACAUGAACGGCUUUUUAAAAAAAAUAUAAUUUUUUUUUAUACAGUUGUGCCACUGCAUUUAAAUCGGAUUCAAAUCUGGACUUUGACUUUGCCACUCCAAAGUCAUCUUUUUUCCCCCCAAGCCAUUCAUAAAUUGAGUUGCUGGUGUGUUUAGGAUCGUUUUAAAGCAGCAGAACCCAAGGAGGCUUCAGUUUGAGGUCACAAACUGAUGGUUGAACAUUAUUAUUCAAGAGGUCCUGAAGGAUAGGCCCAAGACCAUCCACUACCACCACCAUGUCUGACUGUCGGCAUGUUGUGUUUAUGAAAUGUUGGGCUACAUAUAAGCCGGAUGUGUUUGUAUAACAUCUAGAUGGUGGUAUGCAUUUUUAAAAUGGUAUUUUUUCUCCCAUUUUACCCUAUAUCUAUGUAUAAUGCGGACUAUUGACUUUUGACCAUAUUUUAAUUAAAAAAUGGG